AUGCCGACCAAGGCCCCGGGUUUCCAAGAGACGGUUCAUCCAACGCCAACGAUGCCACUGAACCAAGAAGGGCCUCCCAACAGCGAUAAUGUUCACAACCUCAUGUUUCCGCCAGCAUAUGAUACGACAAGAAUGCGACAUGUAAGCCGUUUCGACAAGAAUGCCAUCUUUGCCAUGGCAGGCGGCCUCUUAAUUAUUCUUAUAUGUGUAGCCUUCCUCUGCUUUUUAUGGUUCGGGAACGAGGACAAUAGUGUCUGGCGUCACAUCGUCAUCACGAAUUGGGUAUCGCGAUCUAUUACCAUCACGUCCCUCAUACUGCGAUGGUCAGUAACCGCCCAAGCAGUGGUAAUGACAUCUAUGAUCGCUGCGCUGCUGCUUCAGAUGUCGCAGACGCCCUUAACACAGGCUGCUGCUGUGUCUCUGGCUGUAUGCUCCAACCGAGGGCCGCAUGAACUCAUCUUCCGCCUGCCUCACUCGUUGGGUAGUCGUAGCUGGCUUUUCUGGCUGGUUGUGUUGCUGAUGACAUGCAUAACAACCUUGCUACAGUUCACGUCGACUGCACUGCUCUCGGAUGUUGGCUCUGGGAUAAUUAUCGACAGCCAAUCUCUCAAAAUAUCAUAUGGUAUUAACUCCUCGUUUGGGGGCUCUCUUGCUGCUUCUGGGGGAUACAUUGCUGCAAGACCACUUAGUUAUCCGGCUUUUGCCGAAUAUACCGAGCCAGCUUCUCCACGUGACGGCAUCACGGACACGGGACUGUCGAUGAGAGCAUUCUUGCCAAUCGACCCUCGAUCUAGUCGCGAGGCUUUAGUUAGCUAUAACGGCAUGGCGACUGUGAUGGAUACAAGAGUAGCUUGCAUGCGACCGACCUUCGCAAAUGUCACAGUACAGUCCUACGGGAUCUAUCGUUGGAUUGCAGGUUCUGUCUGGACCAAACUCAAGGUUCCCCGAAUGAACACUACAUUAGGCAUGGAUGGGGAUGUUCAACCUUCUCACUUCAAUUGUUCCUACUCUCUCGACCAAGGUGAUCCCGACAGUUCAUUGCGGAUCAGUUUCUGCAAUGUUUAUUUCAUGGAUGAAAACGACGACCGCGACACAGGGAUUAUUUCAGACAUGGAACCUAUUCCUCCGGAACCUUACACUGCGUCGUCCCCCGGGGGUAUGUAUCUUAUCAUCAAUACCACAGGUGCACAUACCGACUGGAACGAGGUUAAUAACGCUGGAAGGAAUCUGAGAAUUGAAACUGUCGUUCAAGACAAGAGUGAAUGGACUACGCUGGAAUCGGAUGUGAAGGGGUUGUCGUUCGUUAUGACACUUUGUUCAUUCGACCCGGUGGUCCAAGAUAUGAACAUCACGGCCACACGGACAAAAGGCGGCGCUGAGCCGAUGGCGCGCUGGUUAAACUCAACUAGUACCUACGACACUGAGGCCAUCCUGGCACAACUGGGAGGGACCAAAGAUCACCUUUCUUAUGACGAUCGUGGUAUCUUCAAACUUGCAAAAAAGGAAUCAUGGCUUACGCCGCCAUCCGUCAUCGACCGAGGUACAUACUGGGAGAGCAGUCCAGCGCCGCCUGCCGAUCCGUACUAUAUUCUAUUCGGCGCCUUUGAUGGACUACCUGGUGGCGGUGGUUACUUGAUCAACCUUUUUGGCUCCGACGACAGCGGCGAUGCAAAUGGCAUUAGACUGAACCGUCUACAUGGUGAGGUGUUCAAAGAAACAAUAAAGGCUACAGGUAGCGCCGCAUGGGCGAUUCAAGCACUCGUCACAAGUCUCUACAGCAUGGCGUAUUACGACUAUAUCUUUCAGUUCGACAUACCGGCGCCAGCAGACUUGAAAGCUGAGCAGGUAGUAACACGGCCAGUUUCGAUUAAGUUUUUGAUGGUUGUCUUGGCAUUGUUGUCUCUGCAUCUAGCACUUAUGAUAUUUGCAACAUUAUGGUUUUCACAGCGUGCAAAGGAUGGUCUUAUUGGGGGUUCUUGGGCGGCAGUUGCACGCAUAUCAGGACAGCCUACGGAUGACUGGCUAGCCAAAGCAAGUACAAUGACAGAUACAGAGAUAAGUAAAGGUUUGCAGAAUGUUGGCCAGCAGGUUAAAUUGGUAGGAUUAGUAAGGUCUGGCGAUAGAGUCUACCUACUUUAG